CUUUACCUAAAAACAAAAGCUCAUCUAAUCUGCUUCUCAACCAUCCAUCUCAUAUGAACCUUAUCCAUCUCUUCCCAUACAAAAUCUCCUUUUCCUUCCCUCUCUUCAUCAUCUUCACAACUCCACUUACUCCACAAACUCCAUCAAAACCAGCUGGUUUUUGUUCACAGAACAAUGGCAGCAACUUCGGCGGCACUUUCUCCUGCAACAUUUGCAGCGGCGACGAUUUCCAGCCCUAAGAGGAAGAGCAUGAAUGUGAAUUACAUAACUGGGCUGAACUCCUUUGGUGGGUUAAAAGCUCACAACAGUGUGAGCUCAUUAGGGCUGCCUGUGUGCACUGAGCGGUCAUUUGCAAAGGUGGUGAGCUCUCUGAGGACCUCAUCAAACAGGAAAGGCAGAGGUGGUGGUGGUGGUGCACUCUCUUCAACUUGCAGUGCUAUUGAUGAGAUUUUCAGGAUUGCAGCAAUCAUGAAUGGGCUUGUUCUUGUUGGAGUUGCAGUGGGAUUUGUUCUUCUUCGAGUUGAAGCAUUUGUUGAGGAAUCUGAGUGAGAAACUCUUAAAUUUGGUGCCUGAUUCCUUCAGUGUUCUUCAUUGCAUCUUUCUUCUGUUAUUCAAUUUCAUGUAGUUAUUAGAGAUUGAAUUCCUAUUUUGAAACUGUAUAAAUAAUUCAAUACAUGAAUUCUGUUCUAGUUUUGAACAGAAUUAGAAAAUUUGAAUUAAUGGCAAGAUAAUCAAAUUGAAAAAUGA